CUGGGAAAAGGAGGAGAAAAUGAUCAAGUUCCAGGAGCCGGUGAUGUUCAAGGACGUGGCCGUGGUCUUCACGGAGGAGGAGCUGGGGCUGCUGGACCCUGCCCAGAGGAAGCUGUACCGAGACGUGAUGCUGGAGAACUUCCGGAACCUGCUGUCUGUGGGGAAUCAGCCCUUCAAACCAGAGCUUAUAUCCCAGUUGGAGAAAGAAGAAAAGUUGUUGAUGACCGAGACAGAAACAGAGAGAGAUGGGUGUUCAGGAACCAAGAGUCAACAUAAUAUGGAGAGUAGCCAAGCAGUGGGAUUAGGUUACAUUUCCUCCAAAGACCUUUCUUCUCAGAAGACCUGGCAACAAGGUGGCAGCAGGUCAACCAGGUGUCAAGAUGCCAUGAAAAAUUUUCAAAGGAAUAUUUCUCAGUUGCAAAACCGAGGUAGUUUCCCCUGCCAGGCUUGGGCCACAGUGCCAGUUCGUAUUCCUGAAGAUGAGAACUAUCUAUUGACUCAUAUAGAAGAUGUUUCCAGUUGCCUAAAAAGUCAAGAAUUUCCAUCUUGGAGAGCCCAGCAUUCUUGGAGAAAAAUGUAUCUGACAGAGUCACGUAAUUAUCAGUGUCGAUGUCAGCAACUUUUGAUGAAAAAUAACUUCUGUAAGUGUGACAGCACAAGUUGGAGCACAGCACACAAUGAUAGUCUGGGAGUACGCAGAACAGAAAAAAAUUACAGCUGCCAUGACUGUGGAGAAAACCUCAUGAAGGUUUCACUGCUUAAUCAAGGCUUAAUCAAAAUGGGGCAAAAGCCCUACUCCUGUAAUGAGUACAGAAAAGCCUUCGGUGAUGACUCCAACUCUGAAGUUUAUCAGCAGUUACACUUAGAAGGGAAAACCCAUGCCUACCGUCCAUGUGGAAAGGGCUGUAGCUAUAGUUCAGUUCUUCAUAUUCAUCAAAGUGUUCACAGAAGAGAUGAUUGUGUUUUUGAGAGUUCACAUCUGCAGUCCCAUCCGAGAGUACCCACGGAAGAGAAGCCAUAUAAAUGUGGAUAUGGUGAGAACUUCAGUCAGCGCUCCUCUCUUAACACUUGUGAACUAAUUCACACAGGGGAGACAUCCUACAGAUGCAAUAUUUAUGAGAAAGCCUUGAAUCAUAGCUUGGACCUUAAUAGUAUUUUUAGGGUCCGUACUAUGGAGAAACCCCAUGAAUAUGAGGAGAAUGGGGAUGUCUUUAAUCAGAGUUCUUGUCUUCAAGUCUACCAGAAAAUCCACACUGGAGAGAAGCUAUACACAGAUGUGGAAUAUGAGAAGGGUUUUCUUUGUAGCUCAAAUCUUAACAUUCAGCAUAGAGUUCACAUGGAAGAGAUUCCUUACAAUUCUGAGGAAUGUGAUAAUAACUUCAGUCUGGACUCAGGUUUACAGGACCUUCAGAUAGUUCAUACUAGGGGACAACCAUAUAAAUAUUAUGCAUGUGGUAACAGCUUCAGCCAAAAUUCAUAUCUUCAAGGUCAUCAGAAAAUUCACAUUGGAGAGAAAGCUUACAAGGAUUGUGGGAAUGGCUUCAAUUGGAGUUCAAAACUUAAAGAUCAUCAGAGAGUCCACACUGGAGAGAAGCCGUACAAAUGCAAUGCAUGUGGUAAAGGCUUCAGUCAUAGAUCAGUUCUCAAUGUCCACCAGAGAGUCCACACAGGAGAGAAACCUUAUAAAUGUGAGGAGUGUGAUAAGGGAUUCAGUCGGAGUUCAUACCUUCAAGCCCAUCAGAGAGUCCACACUGGAGAAAAACCAUACAAAUGUGAAGAGUGUGGGAAGGGCUUCAGUCGCAAUUCAUACCUUCAAGGCCACCAGAGAGUUCACACAGGAGAAAAACCAUACAAAUGUGAGGAGUGUGGGAAGGGCUUCAGUAGGAGUUCACACCUUCAAGGCCAUCAGAGGGUCCACACUGGAGAGAAACCAUUCAAAUGUGAGGAGUGUGGGAAGGGAUUCAGUUGGAGUUUUAAUCUUCAAAUUCAUCAGAGGGUUCACACAGGAGAGAAACCCUAUAAAUGUGGAGAAUGUGGUAAGGGCUUCAGUAAGGCCUCAACUCUCCUGGCUCACCAGAGAGUCCACACAGGAGAGAAGCCAUACCAAUGUGAUGAAUGUGGUAAGAGCUUCAGUCAGAGAUCAUACCUUCAAAGCCAUCAGAGUGUCCACACUGGAGAGAGACCAUAUAUAUGUGAGGUAUGUGGGAAGGGCUUCAGUCAGAGAGCAUAUCUUCAAGGUCAUCAAAGAGUCCACACUAGAGUGAAACCGUAUAAAUGUGAGAUGUGUGGGAAGGGUUUUAGUCAGAGUUCACGUCUUGAAGCACAUCGGAGGGUCCACACAGGAGGGAAACCAUACAAAUGUGAGGUAUGCACAAAGGGCUUCAGUGAGAGUUCACGCCUUCAAGCACAUCAGAGGGUCCACACAGAAGGGAGGCCCUACAAAUGUGAACAGUGUGGUAAGGGUUUCAGUGGGUUUUCAAGUCUUCAAGCUCAUCACAGAGUCCACACUGGGGAAAAACCAUACAAAUGUGAGGUGUGUGGAAAGGGCUUCAGUCAGAGAUCAAACCUUCAGGCUCAUCAGAGAGUCCACACCGGAGAGAAACCAUACAAAUGUGAUGCGUGUGGUAAGGGUUUCCGUUGGAGCUCAGGUCUACUAAUUCAUCAGAGAGUCCAUAGUGGUGAUAAAUUCUAUAAAAGUGAAGAGUAUGGUAAGAAUUUUCCUUCAUCAGAGAAUCCAUACAGAAAUGAAGUUAUAUAAAAACAGUUCUGUUUGUUUUGAAGUCCUCAAGUUGGAACUAAAAUUUUCCACUCACUAGAGUUCUUAUAGUAGAAAAAUUUUCUUUAAUGAAACUGUAAUGUUUCUUCCCAACCUCAGCAUCCACCUUAGUCAGGAGACCAUGCUGUGGAGACAUCUAACUAAAGAGUUCCCAUAAGGGAUUUUCUCACAGUUUUAAGAGGCAUUGCAAUGACUCUAACUGUCAUUGUACUAGGGCUUAUAAAAGAUCAGAGUAAGGAAAGUUCAGUGAAGAGCGUGCCUAAAUCCAUGUCCACUCUAAUGUUAAGCUUAAUGAGAAAAGGGGCUUCACUCAUUUACUGAAUUUAUAAAACCAUGACAUUGCAUAACUCAGUGUAGGUGCUCAGUAUUUUUUAUUAAAUGACUAAAAAUGUCUAAAAGGAUCAUGUUUGAAAAUUUUAUUUAGCUCAUUUAGCCCCCCAAAAUCAUUUAAAAACGUAUUUGGAGGAGGAAUCCUGCAAGUAACCUUAGCAUAAGCACUUCAAGUGGGAAAAUAUUUGAAAUGUAGAAUAUCAAGCAAUAUUGUAAUCUGAAAUUACAUGAAUUGGGAUGUAACCCUGUUGGAAUUGGCUCCCAUCCUUUGUCUUUGUCUUAAACAGAGAUGAGCUGAAUUCUUACCAUUUGGUCUCUUUCUAUACAAUAUUCCAUCAGUUUAAGUUUAGCACUGUGUGUGUAUGUGUGUGUGUAUACAUAUGUACACUUUAAAUGACAGUACAAAUUGAUAAACAAUAUUUCUGGUUACACUGCAUUUUACAUAAUUGACUUUUUACUCCUGCCUUGUGUGUUAAGGCAGAGUUUUACUGUAAUAUUUGCAAAGUAUCAGAAAUGGUUGCUAAUGAAAAAUACUUUCUUAAUAAAUGUCAAAGUUACAAUA